CUCUCAGCGGGAUACACUCAGAAGCAGCAGUUUCCCUGCAAAGUCAUUCCGAGUACUCCUCGCGCUCCAUUCCGAUCUACCUGUCCAACAGGUGAAGCCGGCUCACGCGCACUUAGGCAGAAUUGGGUGGGGGGGAGGCCGCUUUGAAAGUUGGUCAUUCAUGGUCAUCCAUGGGUGAGUGUCUGCGGAAAACUUGCCCGUGUCUGGACACACUAUGGAAGAGGAUUUUCAGCGACAAAAAGCCUCCUGGAGCAGAAGGAGGAGGAGGAAGUGGAGGUGAUGGUGGAGGAGGAAGUGGAGGUGGAGGAGACGGCAGUAGUGACAGCGGCGGGGGGGAGACACCACCGAGUCCGGCACCCCAGGACAAACAGCCCGAGUGCGGCUCCAUGUACAAGGCGCUCUGGUCGUUUGAAUCUCGGCACCCGGAUGAGCUGUCUUUCCAUGAAGGGGAUCUGUUCAGCGUUGUCACGCGCAGCGGGGACUGGUGGACCGCGCGGAGGAUCGACAAGAACGGGUGCGUGCUGGACACCGGGGUCGUGCCCAAAAACUACCUGGACAGGGCCGAGACCCUACAAAUGCAACCGUGGUAUUUUGGGACAAUGAACCGCAUUGAGGCCCAAGGCAACCUGAUGGGAGCAGGAAAUGACCAGGGGGCUUUCCUCAUCCGACACAGCGAGAAAGACCACGUCGGAUACGUUCUGUCAGUGAGGUCCAGCUGUCGGGUGAAGCAUUUCAAGGUGCACAACGCAGAGCAGAGUGUUUUCUACGUGGAGAACAACGUCCAGUUCAGCUGUCUGAUCGACCUGGUGGAGCACUACUGCGCCAACAUCCUGUACAACACCGGCACGCUGAGAAACCCGUGCAAGAGGAGGAAGCCCAGCACCCCAGAUUUGAACCAUUUCACGGUGGACGAGUGGGAGCUCCCGAAGGAGGAGUUCACGCUGGAGGAGGAGCUGGGCAGCGGCUUCUUCGCUGAAGUCUACCGGGGACGCUGGAAAAACCACAUUAAUGUCGCCGUCAAGAUCCUCAAAAGCGACUCGGAGAUGAACCACCGGGAAUUUCAGAGGGAGGUUCAGAUCCUGAAGAGUCUCCGCCAUCGUCACCUCAUCUCUCUGUUCGCCAUCUGCACGGCCUCGACGCCGUACUACAUCAUCACCGAGCUGAUGGAGAAAGGCAGCCUGCUCAGCUUCCUCAGAGGUGCAGAGGGGCAGAAACAAGACAUCGCGUCGCUCGUCGACAUGGCUGCCCAGGUGGCUGAUGGGAUGUCGUACCUGGAGGAGCAGAACAGCAUCCACAGAGAUUUGGCGGCUCGAAACGUCCUGGUGGGGGAGGGCUACCUCUGUAAGGUGGCCGACUUCGGACUGGCCAGAGUGAUCAAGGAGCCGUUUUACAUCACAGAAGAUAAAAAGAUUCCCUACAAGUGGAGCGCUCCCGAGGCCAUCAGCCACGGGAAGUUCUCCAACAAGUCGGACGUCUGGUCUUUUGGUGUCUUGCUCUAUGAGAUCAUCACCUAUGGAGGCACUCCUUACCCAGCCUUCAGCAACCAGGAAGCGUACCAGCAGGUGACCAACGGGUACAGGAUGCCAACUCCGUCCAAUUGUCCCGACUUGCUCUACAAAAUCAUGCUGAUCUGUUGGAGCCUCGAUCCCGCGGACAGGCCAGACUUCGUGACCCUCAAGGUCAAACUGGACAGCAGCUUCUACGAGUUUGAGUGACCGACUUCCUGCGCAGAGGGGCCGCAGAGAGACGAACACUGAGCAGCUGAUCACCGAGGACGUCAACAAACUGAUUUUAAAGGCUUUUGCAUAGAAAGACUGUCAAUGUGCAAACCUACAAAGCCUGAUUGUAUUCAGUCCACUAGGCCUGAAACCGUUAAUUAUUGUUAAUUAUAUUUUGUUAGAGCUGAAACAAUUUCUAAAAUCGAUUGACGAUUUCAGUCAUUCUUUAAAGCAAAAAUGCAAAUAAUUCUCUGGUUCCAGCUUUUAAUGUGUCAGCAGGUUUAUGUAGUCUACUGUGAUUAUAAAAUGAAAUAUAUUCUGGUCCGUUGGUGAGACAAAAAAGACUUUAAAGCUCUAAAGGAAUGACAAGUUCACCAAACUCAAAUAUAUUCCGUUUGAAAAGCAGCAAAUUGUCACAUAUCCGAGGCUAACACCAGAGAUUGUUUAUAGUAUUUAGAAAAUGACUCAAACGAAUAAUCAGUUAUUAAAAAUAGCAGCUGA